GGUUCUCGUGAGUUACAGUGUCAGUCCUGUGCUCUGGAUUACAACCAGUACUUGAAUCAGAUGUUGCGGUAGUAUGAUACUGCAAUCAUAAUUGUGUAUUGAGGUUCCAGGGUUUUGUCAUGACCAUCCUUGCACUCUGCGACAUAAUUCUUAUUCGGAAACCUCGGGUUACUGAAUCCUGCUUACUACAACCCUCUGAAUUGGAGGGAUCCGUCCUCCAUGGCCAAGGUCACCCCGCCCCCAUGGUCGAAAUGACACCUCGGUAAACGCUUCGAAUAGAGGCGCCCUGCUCCAGGAUCGAAACCUGCUUCUCGAAAAGCACUUUCUCAACCCCGGGGCUGAAUACCUCUGGCCGGUCUGGGUCUUCCGGCCAAUCUACGAUCCUUUCGGCGCGUGGCUGCCCCCCUUUGCUUUUUUGACGGACAAUGUUGGGGUGAGACCACUUGUCAUAAGCCGAUAACAGAAGCUCCAGAUGGAAAACCAGGUAACUUUUUUUGGGAUGUGAUGUGAUGUGAUAAGUUCUGGGGUGGGGGAAGAGCCUAGAUGGGGAUGUGUUUGUUUGUCAUUGUUUCUCGGCCCGUGCGGUAGGAGCCGAGACUCGGGUUGGGGGAUGGGGUGGCUUGUCUACCCCGCUCAUUCCUCUCCGUUGAAUCGCGAGUUCUGAUUGUCUGGAUUAGAGAGUAUAAAGGGGUUUGAGAAGUACCCUUUUGUCUGGAACCCAUUGCCAACAGGCUUUCCUCGUAAUACACCGUAUCUCCGGUUAAACUCCUUUUUUCACAGAAUUCACCAUGGGUACUGGGCCGAUUCGAACUGCCUUGAAGGUGGACUUUGGCAGGCCUGCCCAAAAACAACCAUACUUUCACGUGAGAUUCAAUUCUCUUGGGCUUUUGGCAGGAGACUAAUGAAUGCAUAGAACCGCUGGCAUCCAGAUAGUAAUCUACCGCUUCAUACUUUGAUCCUUGGGUUGCUGUGUGCUAACUGCCAUAGUUCCCGCUGUUGGAAAGAUUGCUCCAGGAGAAAUUGUAAAGGUGGAAUGCGUUGACUGUUCUGGCGGCCAAAUCAAAAACGAUGACUGCGCAGACGACGCGAGGGACUGUGACCUUACACAGCCACAUUAUCUCUCUGGACCCUUCGAGAUUAAAGGUGCAGAUCCCGGUGACGUCUUGGUUGUUGAGAUUCAAGAUGUGCAGCCAUUCGAAGAUAGGCCAUGGGGGUUCACCGCCGUAUUCGACAGGCAUAAUGGAGGCGGAUUCUUGGACGACCAUUACCCACGGGCCGCAAAAGGUGAGGUAGAUGCUCCUUCCUGCUAUCUUCUGCCUACCUAUCUCAUAGCUAACGGCUACAAAAGCAAUCUGGGACUUUGAAGGCAUUUUCUGCUCAUCCAGGCAUAUCCCGCACGUUCGAUUCCCAGGCCUAAUACACCCAGGAAUCAUGGGCUGCGCACCAUCUGCCGGUGUCCUAGCAGAGUGGAACCGCAGGGAAUCUGAGCUGGUCGCCGCGAGUGCUCCUGGCCGGGUAGUAGCCCUACUCCCACAGCCUGAGAACGUUCACGCAGGUUCCGCUUCCGAGGACCUGAAAGCGAGGAUUGGUAGAGAAGGGGCAAGAACCAUCCCCGGACGUCCCGAGCACGGUGGGAACUGCGAUAUCAAGAAUUUGAGUAGAGGGUCAAAAACCUACCUCCCGGUGCACGUCCCCGGUGCAAAGUUCUCUGUGGGGGACUUGCACUUCUCGCAGGGCGAUGGGGAGAUUAGCUUCUGCGGCGCUAUCGAAAUGGCUGGAAUCAUAACUUUUAAGUUUGGGCUUAUGAAGGGGGGUAUUCAAGAUCUUGAUAUGAAGAGUCCGAUCUUCUGCCCCGGCCCUGUGGAGCCACACUUCAGUCCCAGCCGGAUGCUCACUUUUGAGGGGUUCUCUGUGGAUGAGACUGGAAGACAGCAUUACAUGGAUGUCACAGUUGCUUACAGGCAGACGUGCCUUAGGGUAAUUGAAUAUUUGAGAAGGUUUGGAUACUCGGGUGAGCAGAUUUAUCUGCUGUUGUCUUGCGCCCCGGUCCAGGGACACGUUGCUGGAAUCGUUGACGUAAGAUAGAUUUAGGCGGCGAUGUAUGAUUCGGUGCUGACUGAGAAUGAUAGAUUCCAAACGCGUGCACAACCAUGGGUAUCCCAAUGGACAUUUUCGACUUUGACAUAUCACCCGGCGCACCGAUCCCGGAGUUGGACAUGGGCUCUUGCGCGUACACUUCUGAUAGGAGGUAAACUCGAGAACAUGGUUCCAUCUUGGGGAGUGUCUGCGGUUUUGGGAAAUGGCCUUUUUCCAUAUAUUCUAUUUUUAACUACGCCCUGAUUUGGGCAAUCAAUAAAUUAAAAUUUCUGGUUUCAGGU